UCGGCAGAACUUUAGUAAAAACUAAGAUGUCUGCGCCCAUGCAAAAAUGACAAAUUUCAUAGAUUUUUGCGUUAUUUUAGCUCAUUUCACCAUCAUUUAUGGCUUUGAUGAUGCUCAUCUUGCAUCAAAGGCAAAGGCUGAUCAGAUAGAACGGACGAGAUGUGGAUAUAAUCUGAUGAAACUAUGGACAGCUGAAAUUGCCCAUUCCCCAUUUGCAGCAGCCCCACUGAUCAGUGAUGUAGAUGGGGAUGGUAGACUUGAUAUUAUAGCUGCUCCACUUAGUGAGUCUAAAACAGUUGUUGAGGCAGAGAAUGGAAAAACACUUACUGAAUCCAGGUGGCCAACACAAAAACUAGAUACAUCCAUUUUGGCUUCACCACUACAGUUUGACAUAGAUGGAGAUGGUAUGCUAGAUAUACUGUUUGUAACAUUCUCUGGUGACAUAUUAUUUUAUACACCAAAUGGAACUGCCAUAAAGGACAAGUUUAUGGAGAUAGCACCAGGUUAUGUGAAGGAGGAUUGGUAUAAUCAAGUGGUGUCGGUAUCCGGUGAUGAUAUAAAAACAUAUGUAAAGGAAGCCAGUGAUAGUGUUAAACAUGACAAGAGUUACCUCCCUGUUGAUGCCCAUGUUAUGGCUACCCCAGUGAUCGCUGAUAUCAACAAUGACAACAAGUUAGAGGAGUUAAUCAUUCCAGUUUCCUAUUACUUUGAUGAUGAAGAUUACAGACUUUCAGAAAAUUUCGAGCAUAUAAACAACAUUAAUGAGACAGAGUUAGGAAAAUAUGUUGUAUCAGGAAUCACCAUUGUUAAUCUGAGAGAGAUGAAGGUUCUUCAAACAAUCUUCCUUGAUCUUACUACA